CUCAAUAGAGACCUUGUGUGCAUGAACAUACAAGCGAGACCGAGCAGUAUCGCGAACCUGAAAGGUGGGGCGAGCCGGCAACUUGCAACCAAACCACGCCAAGGCACCAGGCAGAACACGGAAAAUCAAUUAUGAACAACACCCAAAAAAAAUAAAAAAUGAAAAAUAAAGAAAAACAGGGUUCGGCCAGCCACACAAACCAAAAAAAGGCACAUGAAACGAAGCCCCAGCAGUGAUCACUCGGACAAACUAGAGCGCUGCGGGAAACCCGAAAGAUAAACUCCGUCCGAGCCCUGGCCCCGCGCAACCCUCAAAACCUUCUUUUACCGUCUCUCAGCGGACCCUCGAAAAUCCUCAGCUAGCUACCACUUUUCUUUCUGCGCGCGCAGGCAAAAAAAAAAAAAAUAAGAACAGAACAAUGGCAACCCGCGCAGCCAAGGAUACAGUGGUGAGGGCCACGGACCUCGACGCGCUCAGCUGCAGGCACUCGGCCAACACCAAAGGCUAUUUCUUGCCUGCCGACCCCCAUGUUGCUCUGCUCGUGGGCGCCUACGAAUCUGCCCUCCAGCACUGCGACGGGUACACGCAGCUUGCCGCGGGGCGCACGCUCCGGUCGUCGUUUGGGGCCCCCAAGCUCCCGUUGAUCAACCGAGGCACGUACCUCCGCACGGCGGCCAUCGACCUUGUAGUUUCUCUGUUUAUAGCCGAGCACGGCGCGUGCCAGGUGGUGUCGUUGGGCGCCGGCUCGGACACCAGGGGCUUCCGGGUCUUGCAGCAGCACCCCGGCGUGUCGUACACGGAAAUCGACUUUGCCGAGUCCACGCGCAUCAAGAAGCUAGCCAUCAGCAGGCUGCCGGCGCUCCGGCGGCUCGUGGGCGCCGAGGACUUGGCCGCAAUCGACGUCAACUCGCGAGCAGACUUGGCGGCCAUGGACCCGCACUUGCACGGCGCCAACUACCACUUGGUGGCGCUCGAUCUCCGCGACCUUGCGGCCCGCGGCACAGACGCCUUGGCUUUCUUGGACUCGGCCCUGCCCACCUUGGUUGUGUGCGAGUGUGUCUUGUGCUACUUGCCGCCAAAGGCCACCGUGGAUGUGCUCGCGUUCUGGAAGCAGAGCCUUCGCCACGUGGCCGUGGUGGUCUACGACCCCAUGGGUCUCGGGGAUGCGUUUGGCGCCAUGAUGGCACAGAACCUAGGCCGCAGGGGCUUGGACAUGCUCUCGUUCUCCAUGUACCCGGACUUGCCUGCGCGCAAGAAGCUCUUUGAGGAGACGCUUGGUUUCCAGGCCCACCUCACGGACUCGGCGCUGAUUGGGGGGUACAGCGGGAGCCCGGGGCCCUGGCUCGGUGCCCAGGAGGCUGCCCGCGUGGGGCGGCUUGAGAUGAUCGACGAGGUCGAGGAAAUCGCGCUUUUGUUGCGCCACUAUUGCCUCAUUUACGCCGAGGCCGGCUUGCUGCUGCGCUUCGCCGCUCAGCUCCCGUGGCUUACGUGACGUGGGUCCUAUGUAGUAGCGUUGUACUACAUCGUGCUAGCUGGCGCUAUUUGCUGGCUGG